AUGGCCGCGGAGAGGAUGGCAGCGAUGCUGCUGGGGGACGAAAACGGGCUGGCGGCAGCCGGCAUAUUCCCCUACAUCAAAGGCAUGCCGGUGGUCGUUAACGAGAACAAGUACAUAGGCCUCAAGGUGGUGAACGGGGCUGAAUACACGGCGACAGGGGUCGUCCACCCACCAGGGUUGGAAGAGAUCGUCGCGAACGAGAAGGUGUCCAUCUUCCUCGGGCCGCCGAGCGGGAUCCUCUUGCAGAACAAUGAGACCCGAGGCCUGACGUUCCCGCACUUCCCGCCGGACACCGUACUACUACCGUCGGUCAACGUCAGGGUCCCCGACAAGCACGCCAGAACGCUAUGCUCCGAGCUCGCGCGGCCCAAGUUCAAGCUGGGGCUAGUGCGGAGGGGCCUGCCGUGCACACCGGGCUUCGCGCUGACGGACUACAAAACCCAGGGACGGACGCUGGGCAAGACUCUCCUUGGCCUGUACGGUAGGGGCAUGGGCAGGUCAGGUAAGGAUGUCGAGAGGUGCGACACUGUAAGCCUCUACGUGCAGCUCUCGCGUGUCCGUCGCUUCGACGACAUCGAUCUCAUCCAGCCCCUGAACGUCGAGCACUUCCUGGAGGCACGCAUGCCGGAGGAGCUGGUCAGGGGGAUCGGAAGGCUCGAGAGGCUCGCGGAGGCGACGCUCGCAUUCUUCGACGAGAGACACGGUGGCAACUCCGUGGCGCCGCACGAACGCGCGGCCGAGGAGGUAGACAACGCGCGAGAACAGGGCAUACAAGACGGCGUCCCCCGUUGUGAGAACGGCGAGGACAGGGCUUCCGAGCGCAGCGCCAGCGCCCGGUUGGGGAGGCGGCUGCGGCAACUGCUGCUGCUGCCUCCGUACGUCGUACGUGCGCGUGAGAGAGAGCAGCAGAGUAAUCUCGGACAUUUUCUGGCCCAAAACCCGAUGUUCCUCGGACAGGUUGGUGAUGCUGGCGAGGAGGAACUCCGACUGCUUGGCAAUCUGUUCAUACGUGGCACACAACUCAGCAGCAGUCAUCCUGCUAAAGGCGGAGGUACGGGCGACGACGGCCGGUUUCCCAAGGACGCUGACCUCCGACUGCCACCUCUCGUAAGCAGGGAAACAGUCUGA